UCUGGACUGGAAGGGGGUGAAAGUGUCCGGACUGGAAGGGGGGGGAAAGUGUCUGGACUGGAAGGGGGUGAAAGUGUCCGGACUGGAAGGGGGGGAAAGUGUCUGGACUGGAAGGGGGUGAAAGUGUCCGGACUGGAAGGGGGUGAAAGUGUCUGGACUGGAAGGGGGUGAAAGUGUCAGGACUGGAAGGGGGUGAAAGUGUCCGGACUGGAAGGGGGUGAAAGUGUCCGGACUGGAAGGGGGUGAAAGUGUCCGGACUGGAAGGGGGUGAAAGUGUCCGGACUGGAAGGGGGUGAAAGUGUCCGGACUGGAAGGGGGGGAAGUGAGUGUCCGGACUGGAAGGGGGGGAAAGUGUCCGGACUGGAAGGAGGGGAAAGUGUCCGGACUGGAAGGGGGUGAAAGUGUCCGGACUGGAAGGGGGGGG